AAUUAGCUGAGAUAAAUUGCUUAACAAACAUUCAGAGGCGCGCAAUGGAGUGGAAGGCAUUAGGCGUUGCGAAAUUCGGUGGUGAAAAAUCCACUUUGCGAUCAAUACAUAAAUUAGUGGAAAUAGCUGUCCAAUCAAACUGACUGAUAAGUCAUUAGGAGGAACUGAUUUUUAUCGGGACUUCUUCCGUCAAUCAGAAUUUCAGCUGGCGCUUGUGUGGAGGAGAGAUUUCUCUCCUAAUUAAGCGUCAGCGCCGUCAGAAGGUUUGGAUAGUCUGACAGUAAUUUAGAAGCCUAACUGGGAAAAAGGAUAUAUUAGCAUAUUUAUUGUAGCAACUUUGUUAAUAAACCCGCGCACGCGAUCAUUGUUUUCUUAUGCAUAUUAUUCUGGCUAUUGAAUUAAUCCUCUUUUCACGGGCCAUAUAACUCCAGUUAUAAUUAUACACACCAUUUUACACGAAAAAGGCACUUCCUCUCAAUUAAAGCCUUUGGAUCCCGUAAACGGUAAAUUAACACAGCUUCAAAAAAAGCAAUCGUAUAACGCAUUCGUAUGAUUCGACGGCAAAAUAAACAUUCUCCCAUUCUAAUCAAGCGUCGGUCAAGAAGUUUACAAAGACACCUCACUCCUCGAGAGAAGAACAAAGAUAUUCCUCCGAGUGUGACGUUCAUCUCUCUCCAGAGAGCUGUGUGUUUGCCUCACGAGUGCGUCGAUCUCUGGGUUUGAUGCUGCUUAGAAAGAUCGGGAGAUCUGAAAUGCCGCUGCAGUGCUGCUUUGAAAUUCGAAAGUAUCGUUUUCUUAUGAUGGACCUCGAGUGUGCCUUGCCUUUUUCCUUCGUUGCGCGCAGAGGUUGGGCUGAUGGAGUGUGUUUGCAGUGUGUUGUACGGUAUUUCGUGUCGUAAGCUUUGUGCAUUGGAGAAUUACUGUAUAAACGCGUUGAGAUUAAAAAUUUUAAUUUUGAUUUUUGAAAACAAAAUUUCCAUCGUCCUUUCACCCCAGCCCACGACCUCGUCCUCGGCAAAAAAAGACUCUGAGAAGCCCGAGGUCCAUAGGACUUUUACGACCUCUCGACGACGAGUUUUUUCGAUGACGGCCCCGAUGACGCGCUGCCUCCAGUGGAUUCCCCGCGGGGCGCCAGCCAGCGAGCUUUUAUGGAGCGUAAAACGACGUCUUUAUUUCGCGACGCGGCGAAACUGUGUCAGGGUGUUUUACGGUCGGGCUUUUGCGCUCUUGUUUACCCUUUGGUAUCGAUGCGCUCGAGGGUUUUUAAACGUCGUCGUUCUGUUGAUGAGUUCUUUUGUUUUACGUUUUUGGAGUAGGUUUUCCGAUAUCCAAUCGUCAAAUUUCCAAUUCAAGCCACGCAGAACUAUUACAUCUCCGACCUCCACAUCGGACUUCAAAACAUAACGCAUACACUCCAAACUCGAAGGUUCAUCGACACAGCUGGCGAACCGAUCAGUUAAAUCAGCCGAUCAAAAUAAAAAACACGGCUCUCUUUCGCUACACCAAAAACAAGCCGCGAACAACGAAGAUAAGACAUUGCGUGUAUCCCAGCACUCGUAAUACCGUUAAAUCCCCAUAUUGACAUUCGAGGCGCGCGGCGACGACGAAUUUCAAAUUCCCGCGCCGGUGACCACUCCUAUAUUCCCCAUCGAUUGUUGCCUGGUUACGCUCAUCGAUUAUAUCUUCCGUUAGUUUUUUUUUCGCGAAGGAACAUACUUGAGCGUCGGUAAAACGAAACAAUAUAAUUGAAUCGAAUUUCGGCGCUGACUUUCAUGUGCGGGCAAUUACCCGCGAUUUAUUUUUAUUACGCCGACGGAUGUAUAUGCAGCAUAACAACUUUUUUUAAUUCAAUUUUGCGCUGUACAAACAAUAUCUCUGUGUUAUGCGAUAAUCGGUCAUCGCUUUAAUUUGUGUAGGACGACGAGGUUAAACAAGUCGAUGAUGUGUGUGUGUGUAGAAUCAAUGUGUCAAUCGCGUCGCUCUAGCCACUAUCACCAGAAAAAGCAGUGUUAUCUCAUCGCUGCGAGGUUUAUAUAGCAUCUAGUUCCUUCUCUGCUCUAAUAGUCAGUCUAAUUCUUUUGUGCAUCGUGCAUCGGUCUCUCUCUCUUCCGUCACUUCAAUCUGCGCAACAGCGAUUCUCGUGUCUCUUCUCGAAAAUUCACCUCUAAAAAUACAAAGGAGUCGGCAGGCGCGUAGGAUGGGACCUCGGCCGCAGCCGAGCGCAGCGGCAGCAGCAGCGGCGUGAGGAAGGAGGAUCCCGAGUUUGGGAAGGAGAUACACGUGCACAGUUCCGUAGGUGCGCCGCAGCCGUAGCCGCAGCAGCGCAGCCAUGCCAUCGUCGCAGGCUGCCGCCACCGAGCGCCGUGCCAAUGACAAUCGGACGGUUACACACGAACCACCAAAAUUGAAAACGACACUGAAGACGCCACCGAAGCAGGCGACGAACCCCCUACAGUUCGUGAAGGUCGGGCCAUGCUCGCUUUACCGCACGGCGCAGGAGCAGCUGCAGAAGGUUCAGGAGGUCAAAAAGAUCAAGCAGGAGAUCCGGGAUGAUCCCGAGGACUGGCAAUCGAAUCUGGACAACUGGAAAAGCAGCCGGCGGAAACGGCAGGAGCACAUAAUCGAGCGCGUCGUGGAGGUGAAGAAGCUGGAGCUCGAGGAACACGACAGGCAUCGACGGCGGAACUGCAAGACUUUCUCGGAGAUGAUGGAGGAACGAGGCAAUCGAGGCCGAAAACUCAGCCUCAGUCUAGCCAUGUAUCAGGAGGACGACGCCAACGACCUCAGCGAUCUGGGAAUCGGCACCAGCAGUGGCAAGAGCUCCGUCAGCGGCGACACCCACGACGACGCUCAUUCCGUUCUCAGCGACAGGGAUAGCGAAAUCGACAAGAACCACUCGGACGUGGACAACGCGAGCCACGAGAACGGUAACGACAGGAACGACAACAGCUGCUCGACUGCGACGACCAACCCGACCAGUCCCGACAUCUCGACCUCCGAGUCGACGACGCUCACCUCGUCGCCCCUGAAGAAAGAGAGCCUCAACAACGGUUUUCACAAAAGCGGCUCGGCCAACAACCACAACAACAGCAGCCAGCAGGAAUACGACUCGGCGACGACGGCGACGGCGAGCUCGCCCGAACCCGAGGAAUACGCUUUCGAGAGUCCCGUAAACCGCGGAUACGUCAACCGUGUCGCUCACAACCUGCCAAAGCACUCGGACUUCGGCGGCGCGCUGAGCAAGAGCGGCAGCAACGUCAGUCUCAACGCCGUGCCCGUCGUCAAAGUCGACAUUCUCAAGCGUCGCGAGAUCUUCGAGAAGGCGUCCCGCGACAGCGUCGAGAACAAGAACAACAACAACAGGCUCGACUUCGCCAACACCAAGUCCAUCAAGGAGCGACUGUCGAUUCUCGAGCGACAGAAGAGCGAGAGCGAGGAGAAGCUCAGUCCGAGACACUCGGUCGAGCUAAAAGCCGACGCGGUAAGGGAACGAUUCAACAGGGACAUGGACUUCGAGAAACAACUGGUCAUCAGCAAGACGAGGGAUCUGCCCGAGGAAUUGGAGACCGUCAAGCCGCUCAGGGAGAGACUGGAGAACCUGGAGAAGCUGGUUUGUGGCGAGCAGAGAUUCAGCACGAGCGAGCAGCUCAACAGCGAGCUGAACGCCAAGAGCAUCAAGGACAGGCUGAUCUCGCUCGAUGUCAACAGAUGCAAGGAGACCGAGAAACGAACGGCUAACUGCUUCCACGAGCAGACGAACAACCGAGCGGAGAACUCUACGCCAAGCGAGCGCAGCUCCUCGCCUGACUCGGAAUACCGCGCACCACGCGCUACCUUCCAUCAGAGUUUGGACUCGCUGGACGCAGACGCGAGCAGUGGUCCCGACACUUUCGAGCGCGUGCAGAGUCUCGAGGAGCUCGACUACCACCAGACAAGACGUUAUCCCGCCUCCUCGUCCUCGGCCGAGAUCCUCAACGACACGGACCGCGAAGAUUCGGGCAUCCACACGGCCGACGCCAGCUGCUCGGUCAGCCAGGCCGACGAACCCAUCGACGAAGAGAUCGAGAAGCAAACGCAAUCGCUCCAACAGUUGGUGAUCGUCGAGGAGAAGACCGAGUUUCGAGGCGGCAGCAUCGAGACCACACUGGUAGAGAGCUCGAUCCUCAGUAUCGAGGAGAAGAGCGACGUAGCGGAGAACGAACCCUGCGAUGCAGUGCUGACUGAAAUGGGCACCGCUGACAUUUCUUCCUCCUCUUCUACUUCUACUUCUGGGCCAGCACUAUCCGCUAACACCGGCCACACAGAUCCGCCGCGGACUACUAACGCUAUCGCGCCUCCUCCUCUCAGUCCCACCAGUUCCCAGCGUCCGAUCGUCUAUCAGAGUCCUCGAGUCCCUCCGAGAAGAUCACCACCCGAGCCAAAACCAUCCUACCUGCCCGGACUCUCGUCGUCGGCCGAGCCAGCAGUAUCGUCCCCGCUACCCUCGCCUCGAUCUCCUUCGAAAAUCCCGACGCCUCUGCCUAGAAAGUCAUCCCUGGUCUCUGCCUCUCCCACGAGUUCCCCAGGCUCGCCGACGAGCAGUCCGGGCUCGCCCAAAUUCCCGAACGGCGACGGUGGCGGUAAACUACAGCAGAAGCAGCAGACGCCUUCAGAGAUCCCGGUACCGGUGAAGCUUUCCCCUCCUAGUCCGACGAAGCGGCGCACUGUGGUGGAGGUCUGUGAGAAGGUGCUGGUGCCGCGCGGACAGCUGCAGCCAACGCCGUUCAUCACCGUCGAGAGACUCACGCCUGGAGACGACGAGGUCGAGCCGCCAGUCCAGAACCUAAUCCAACUCGACGAGGAGGAGGAGGAGGAGGAAGAGCAGCCAGAGCAGCCAGAAGUACAACAGCCCAUCCAAGAAUCAGCAGUACUAGUGGAAGAAACAAAAGAGGAGGAGGAGGAGGAGGAGGAGGAGGAAGAACAGAUCAUCGUGGAGAUGGAGAAAAAGGUGGAGGUCGAAAAGCUCAAGCAAGAGGAAGAGGAGCCAGAAGAGCUGCAGUCGGUCGAGGAAGAGCCUGAACUGGUGCCCGAAUUCCCAGCGAAGAUGUCCGAGGCACCGCCUGUCAGACCCACGACUCUUGCUUUGGAAAGGACCAGUAUCUGCUCGGACUUUCUCAGUCCGCUGUCGCCAGUUUCUAAGCAGAUUCUGCCUUUGAGCUUCUCGAGCGACGAAGAGAUAGUGACCGGAUUGUCCUUCCCUCUGGGACCACCGACGAGUGUCGAACCGCCAAAAGAGAAACCACCUCCACCACCGAUCGACCUUAGCGAUGAGGAGAACCAUCCGAUUGAGCCCCUGAAGCGACUCAACUCCACUCGCAGAAUCAAGAAGGAGCUGCGCAGUCGACGAUCAGAUUUCCUGGGAAUCGAAGGCUUCAACGACGAAGAGUUCGAACGCGAACUGACCUUGACCAAGCCCCCAGACAUGGCAGCUAUCCUUGCCGAAGAACGUCGCAUCGAGCAGCUCCAUCGUCGCUCCUACGAUACGGACAGCAAUUACGAGCAAGAUUCUAGCCAUGAGCGCGACUCUGGUGUUGAGUUGGGCCAGGCUGAGGACUGGACGAAGCAGCCGGUCAGUCCCGACAUGUCGCAACACAGCAGACAGAGCAGCGAGCCCUUUGGCGCGAGCGUCACCUCCAGCGAGGAGGACGAGAUAAGCAAGAAAGAGAGAGAAAUCAUCGAGGUGCUCGAGCGGGAGGAGCAGUGGAGAUACGAGAACAACCGCGAGAUCGACAGUGACAUCGGCGAGAAGCUAGCUCACAAGCUGCGCGAGCUUGAAGAAGAGAAAAUGCAGCUGGAGCGCGAACGUGCCUCGGCCGAGAAUCAAACGCUACGUAUGAACGAGGAGAACCUUCGUAAACAGGAAGAACUCACUAGACAACAGGACGAAGCCGAGGCCUUAGCUCGUCAGCAGGAGCUUGAGAAGCAGAAACAAGUUGCCGAAGAAGAGAAGCGCCAAGAGGAGGAAGAGAAAGAAGAGGAAGCCAGACUGCAGAAAGAACAACAGCUUAUGAUGAAAGAAGCACGUAGACAGGAGGAUCUUCAGAGGGCCGCUGAGAUCAGUUCUCAGGAGAACAAACCGAUGAGCCCGGCGCUAAGUAGUUGUAACGAAGACGAGUACGCCUCAAGGCAGGAGGUCUUACGAGUAGAGCGUGAGCUUCUCCAACUCGAGCAAGAAGAGCUAAAGCGUCAGCGCAACAACCUGGCUUAUCGAGAGCAGAAGCAGCAACAAUUAGCAGAGCAGCUCCAGGAACAGUGGAAAUCACUGCAAGACGUCGCACAAGCUCCACCGCCACCUCAACCUAGAAGUCAACAGUUCAACGGUGGCAAUAAACCGAUAGCCGCGGCUCCGCUGAACUACAGGUCAUCGAUGCCGAAUCUGCAGAUGCAAGAGGCCGCCGCGCAGCGCAGAAGACCACCGCCUCCGCCCAUACCUCCAGCGAAGCCGCUCAGGCUUGUUGAGCAGAGACAGCGAGAUGUUACUAUUAGAAACAGCCGCAUCCCUUCGGCGGAUUCGAUACCCCAACAGGUUGAGGCGCCGCUUAGGCCGAGUAUCUCGACCAGCGCUCUAGCCCCAACACAAAACUCCAGCAGUCAGCAGCAUCACGGCCAGCAAAUGACCAGACAAACGCUCCAAGCGCUUUCAGCAGUGCCUCGGCCCAGGAUUGUCCAGGCUGACCAGUGGGUGCAACGACGAAAGAGCGACAUCCCACGUGGAGCUCAUGAUUACAAUUAUCAGCAUUGGCUUAUUCAAGAGGCAGAGCAGCGAAGGAUCAACGAAAAGAACCAGCGUUCGCCGGCAACUCGUAAUCCCCACCUGACCAGCACGUCCGUGCCGUACACGGCAUCGCCGCCCAGGAACGACACUAAGCCUCUGCCGGAUUCCAUAAUUCAGACACUCACCCAGAGGGUCCAGAAUCGUGUUCAGGACAAACCACUCUCGCCUAGACGAAGGCUAGAACACAGUACCAGCCAGGAGCACCUGCACUCGCCCCAGCACUACCAAAUGCAGCCGCAUAAAGUGCACCAGUCUCCUAAUAAUAACAACAGCAAUAGCAGUAGCAACAACAGUACCGAAUCGCAGGAGAAGAUGCUCAGCGUCAGCGGCAAGAAGAAGUGCUCACACUGCGGCGAUGAAUUAGGUCGAGGAGCGGCGAUGAUAAUCGAGAGCUUGCGGCUCUUUUACCACAUGGAGUGUUUCAAGUGCUGUGUGUGCCAUGUGCGGCUUGGCGAUGGCCUUAUGGGUACCGACGUACGCGUGCGCAACCACAAGCUGCACUGUCACAAUUGCUACUCCAGCGACGACGGUACACACAAUUACAAACGCACUAUCGCGAUCAAACAUUGAUGCAACCAUCGUAUUCGUGUAUGAGUUACCUUAGCUUUUCGUUGUUGAUUUCGUUGAUGAAAGGUAACCGUAUUGUUGAAUCAGCAAUUUGCUACAUUGAAUCGCGAGUUUAGAGUAUUCCUUACCUACCAGUACUUUGUGAACUAUUUAAUACGAUUACGACUGAUAUGAUGGAAGUACGAGAGGAAAGUCAUGAAGCAAUGCAAACAUGGGCUAAUUUAUAAGUGUGUAUUCCAAAUUUCAACAGAUUUUUUACAAAACAUGAAGGCACUGAAUUUAAUGCAAUCCUCAAAUUGAUGCCCAUGUCUGCGUCAGAGUUUCUUUCCAAAAAAAACUAUCUCGAUCCAAAACCACUCACACAUUUACAAAUUAGUCGUACUAACGGUACACUCUUUGCAUUGACUUUUCCAGGUGUCAAGUUCAGCUGCGUAUAGAACGAAAGCGAAACAAGCGAAAAGACAAAACUCGAAUCCGAGCUAACUAACUUGAACGUAUAGCGCGCUUCGGCUAUAUUUUCAUAAGUUGUAGUAGUGGCCGAUUCAAAAAAAAAGAAAACCUCACGUGUACCUUGCCUCAACUCGAGGUAGGAGAUCGGAGCAAAGAAACUUGUAAAUAUAGGACGAAAGCACCGAGACCUCUUCCGGAUAAAUGCGUUGCUGCCUUCACAUACACACACAUAUCCAGCUGAUUCCGGAGAACGGAAAAUCGGAAGCUGAAUCAUCGGAUGCACGACAAUGAAGGAGGAGCUCUUGCGUGCUUAUGCAACGAGAAUAAAAACGCAACCAACAAACGGACUCACGUUAAAAAAAACACACAUACACGGAGGAAACAUUAUGUAAAUAGCGUGUAUUUAUGUAAUUAGCAAUUAGCGAGUAAGUCAGAAUGCCAGCAUCGCGCAGCUGCAUAGCUUUUGUAAAGUACGAUUCGACGUUAGCAGUCGAAUGAAGAGUGACUUUAACGGAAGGUAUGAGUGUGACCGAUGCGGUCGUCAUUAUCAGUAAUUAUCAGUAAUAUUAUAUUAUAUUAUAUUUGCGUCGUUUGGAGUGAACAAGCUUGUACAUUACUGUAUCAUAUGUGAUAACUAUAAGAGAGGAAUAAAGUAUAAAGCAAUGAUCAA